AUGGGCAGCAUCCGCGUCCCCAACUUCCCGGCCUUCUGCUGCCCCCAAUUCGAGCUGCGCUGCAGCUCCCACUGCCGCGCCGUCUCGCAGCAGGCGGAAAAGUGGGCCCUUUCGACGUCGCUCUUCCUCGACGCCCAAGAGGAGGCUCGCCUACCAGGAGCCCGCAUCGGCCUCCUCGCGUCGCUCUGCUUCCCCGCGGCCGACCUCGGGCAGCUGCUCGCCAUCACCAAGUUCCUCAUCAUCAUGCAGCACUGGGUCGACCGUCCGCCGUCGUUGUAUGCGGACGAGGAGAUCUUUGACCCCAUCUGGGCCAAAUCUUUCCGUCCGACGACGCGGCGCGACUGGCACAAACGCUUUCAACGACACCUGGCCGCCUUCCGGUUGGGUCAAGCGAUCACCGCGCGCGACGUCUCGGAGCACAUCGUCCCGGAUCUCGAGUCGUACAUCACGACACGGCGCGACGCGUCCGGCGCGAAGCUGUUGCUCGAUUUGAUCAUAUACGCGGGCGGCCUCAGCGUUCCUCAGCAAGUUUACGAACACCCCGCCUUGCGACGAUUACGACAAGAUGCUGCGGACAUCAUUGCUUGGUCGACAGAUAUUGCCGCUUACACACGCGGUCCGCACGCAUGCAAUCUCGUCACGGUUGUCAUGAACGAACACCGCUUCGCGCCGCAGGGUGCGAUUCAUUUUGCCGGCAACCUCGUCAAGGACACCGUCGGGCACUUCCUCGCCAAUGAAGCAUCAUUGGCGGAGUAUGACUUUGGCGACUGGGACCUGGAGACGCGGGCCUACGUGCGUGGGAUGCGGGACUGUGUCGUGGGCACGAUGCAUUGGAUGUACGAGACCGACCGUUUCUUUGGAGACGCGGGCGAGGACGUCAAGAGCUCGGGAUGGGCGUUCGUCCAGCCCGCAUAG